CUCAGCGAGAACACGUAUGUGCAUAUGUGCGUGCGCCAAAAAGGCAAUGAAAAAUUAAAGUUCAAGUAAUGUUGCUUACCAGCAGCACAAUUACAGCAUUUGUUGCUUAACAUACGUUAUGUGUGGGUACCGCAGCGGCAACACGGCAACAAAACAAGCAACAGGAACACCGUUGCCCGGCACGUCGACGACGCGACUUAAACAUAAAUAUAAAUUACCAGCAACCAUUCCAAACGCUCCAAAAUGAUGAUGCAAAUUGUGUGCCUACUGAUUGGCCGACUGCUGCUCAUAUGCGUCGCCGCCUACGAGCUGCUGCAACAGCUCGGGCUGCGACUGCAUGCGCUCGCUCGCAGGUCAUAUGACUACUGGCAAUGUGAUCAGCAUGAGUUUCUUAGGCGUGCCAAGCACGAGCUGGAAAAGCUGCCGCAGCACCUGGUGCUAGUUAUUGCCCCGGACGAUUGUUAUGUGGAUGCGUCGCUGCUUAAGCUCAUUUUCGGCUAUGCCCAAGUUGUUGGCAUACCCUAUUUAAGUGUGUACGAUACGCGUACGCCCCGGCUUGGCUAUGUGGAGCUAUCGCGCUUCUGUCAGCCCAGCGAGAAGAGCGAUCGGUGCUACCUCUGGCCGCCCAAGCAAAUAAGGGAACAAAGUCUACAGAAUGGCUGCAAAGCUGUCGCUGCAAAUGGCACAGCCAAUGGCUAUGCCAGCAACGGUGGGCAUUACGCCCAGCUGCAGGUCUAUCAAAUCGGAAGCUCUGACGGUCAUGCGCUUAUAGCCGAUGUCUGUCGCGAGCUGUACGAGAAUCGCACAACAGCCCAGGUGCAGGAGAUGCUGAAGCAGCGCCAGUCGCUAACCGAUGGCAUUAAUGGCAGGUUAAACAAGCGGCUGGGCUUUGCGGUGCCGGAACCGGAACUGGGCAUCAUUUUCUCCAGACAGACGUGCACAUACGGCCUGCUGCCGUGGCAUGUGCGCUUCACCGAGUUUCACACGCAUCGCAGCGGGCGUUACUUUGAUGCUAAAUCGUUUGCCAAGGUGCUCUAUAAAUAUGCGCGCUGCGAGCAGCGUUGGGGCAAAUAGAUAUUAAGUUAAACAUGGUCCCU